GCCUGGCCCAGUGUGACGUAGUUGCUUGGGUGGCUUCGGUGGAGAGGGACGGACCGUGAGAGAAAAUUUUAGUCGAAAAGAGUUUUAAGCAGUUUGUUUUUUAUCUUUUUUUUUGCCCUCGGUCUUUUUGAGGGGAAUAGUUUCCUCCUUGCGGAGGUUCUUGCUAGUCUAAGUUUCGCGGGACAGUGGAAUGGGUGUAUGCGGUCCCCGGACUGGAAUAUGAAAGACACGAAAAGUGUGAUGAUGAGUGAGGGCGGCGGAGCGGAGGUGCGCGGAGAAGGCGGCGUGGGAGGCGAGGCCGCCCGCGCGCCCGCGGUGCGACAGGCGUGGCUGCACCACCACCACGAGAAGCAUCCUCAGGACCACCAGCACUUGACCCACGAGGCAGAGGAGGAGGAGGAAGAAGAGGAAGAGGAAGAAGAGGAGGAGGAGGAGGAAGAGGAAGAAGAAGAAGACGAAGAGGAAGAGGAGGAGGAGGAGGAGAUGGGCGAGGAAGAGGAGGAGGAGGGUGAGGAGGAGUCCGCUGGCGCGGGCGGCGGCGGCGAGGUGGUGGUGGUGGGCGGCGGCGGCGCCACGACGCUGUACAGCCGCGAGGACGGCGCGACGGUGCUGGAGGCGGCCGACGGGACCACGACGGUGCUGCGGCCGCGCUCGCUGCCGCCCGCACAGCGCCUCACGGUCACGGUGGAGGGCGGCGAGGGCGGCGUGGUGGCGGCCGAGGGCGUGACGGCCAUCGUGGACGGCCAGGCGGGCACGGCCACGCUGGUCGAGGGCGCCGAGGUGGUGCGCACGCUCGCCGUGUCCUACGCCACGCCCAUCCUGCACCACGUGUUCCUGCAGGCCGCCCCCGCCUCCACUGCCGCCACGGCCACCGCGCACGCCCACACCGCGCUCCUACACUCCUCCCACACGCCCGCGAACCCCCAGGCGCCCCCACCGCCCCCAAGGAGGCCGCCCACCAUUCUCUCCACCGCCACGCCCAUCAUUCUGCAGGCGGCGAGGGCGGCCGGCAAGCAUGACGAGAGCGGGAGACUGGUCGGGCUGAUGGCCGGCGUCGGCUCCUCGGCCAGCUCCUCCAGCAGCUCCACCACCAUCACCACCAGCAGCUGCGGCGCGUCGACGGGGGGCGCGGACCCCCUGCUCCCGCCGCGUCCGAUCCACCACGCCGUCGCGCCCCCUUCGUCGUCGUCGACGGUAGCCAUCACGACGGCCCUCUCGUCGUCGGCUGCGCUGGCGUUGACGUCGUCGACCCUGGCGUCGUCCUCGUCGGCCCCUUCGCCUUCCAUGUCGCCGCCCCCUUCGCUGUCGCCGCCUUCAUCGUCGUCUUCGUCUUCGUCGUCGUCCUGUUCUGCCCUGGGCUCGUCGUGCGGCUCGAGGACGGACGACGAGCUCACGUCGCUGUCGUGGCUCCAGGACUCCAACCUGCUCAGGGGCACUGCCCUCUCACCAGUGAAGACAGGCCAAGGGAAUGCCGAGGUGAGCAAGGCCGAGUCUCCAACCAGCGACUACGGUGAGGAGUCGUCCGAUGCACUGGAACCCGGAGAGCUGACCCUCAACGACCAGCCUCACACACAGCCCUCGCGUUCGCAACCUAUACCUUACAAUCCUCAGGUUCAUGUAAAUGCCAAGCCACCAUACUCAUUCUCAUGCCUCAUCUUCAUGGCCAUCGAGGAUUCUGCAAAUAAGGCUCUACCUGUCAAAGACAUCUACGCCUGGAUCCUUGAUCACUUCCCCUACUUCAGAAAUGCACCUACAGGAUGGAAGAACUCCGUCAGACACAACCUGUCCCUCAACAAAUGCUUCCGCAAGGUGGAGAAAGCUCCGAACCUGGGCAAGGGAUCUCUGUGGAUGGUGGAUCCCGCGUACCGCCCCAACCUGCUGCAGGCCCUGAGCAAGACGCCCUUUCACCCCUACUCCAACCUGGAUCGCAUCUACAUGGUCUCCACCAAGGCUGCUUAUAACAACAGGCCAGUGCUGUAUAGCAGGCACCUCGUGGAGACGGUCGGGGCUCCCGGCAGUGUAGCUAAAACUGCCACGAGUGCCGAGGCUGCUGCCGUCAGCCCCUCCAAGCCUGCCGGGGCCAAUGUGCCAGACCCAGAGCUGUUCCCCUACCUUGCCCGACGGCUUGGGUCCUCCACAGCAGGGGGGGCAGCCACCACAGUGAGUGCAGGCCUUGGCACGUCGGCAACAGGAGUGCACAGUGAAGAUGUGGAUGCUGCAGCUGCCAUGCUUGCUCUCAAGCACGGGCCACGCAUCCUCACGCCAGCUAGUGAAUCCUACUCUAAACUGCGAGAUGGGAAAGACACCUCGGCUUUAUAUGAAGAAAACAGGAAGAGAAAGAGGAAAAGAAAGCACACAGAAGUUGGGGAUGCACGCAUGAUGGUGAUCAGUUCAUCACCUAGUGAGGAUCACUCAUACACUUCCAUGGACGGCGAUGGGGGGGAGGAGGAGUACCUUCCUGCCCCCCAGACACCACAUGCCACGCCAGUCUCAUCUUCGGCUGCUUCCCUUAACCAGCCGCCUCCCGCCAAGAAAGCCAAUCACUCACCCACCUCAAGCGUUGAUGAGGCCUUCUCUGAUGAUUCCUAUGAGAGUGACGUAGCUAGUGAAGCCUCACAGGCAGACAUCCGGCAGUUAGUGGAAGGAGCGGACGCCUUGCUCAACCUGGCAGCUGUGGCCACAUCACUAGCCUCUCAGCGCCCCAUCCCUGGCUCUGGCCCACAGCUCCAGAGCCAACGGCACCAUCACACCCCCUCGCACCAACACUACCAGGCCAGCAACCCCUCCCGCCCACGAAAGGUUCACGUGGCAAAAGGGGAUAUAGGGAAGCCUUCGCAGCAGAAGGGUUCACACAAGGCCAAGGCAGAGGUACCCCACAACAACAACACUAUAAUCAACAACAACAACAAGGUCCUAAAAAUGAGAAGGCUUGGGGGAGCAGCCCAAGGGCGGGGAGGCACAAGGAGCCAGCUCCCAGCUUCACGGUAGGAGAGGGUUUAGACACAGGGACGCAGGAAGGGGCUCUUGGUAGUCCACAAAGUGUUGCCUGAGGAAAGGGCAUGCCAUAAGGAGUGCUGACAUGUAAAGAAAGGAAAA